AUUCAGCUAAGCCCCUGACAUUCAAACGGGCCGGUAGAACCGAAGCGAACACAUAAAACGCCCUUCAUCAUGAUGUGAUUCCGGGGAAUUGUCAACACCAUCAUCUCGGAAAACUUCAACGAACAUGUCUCUCGAGCAGCUACCAAAUUCAGACCAUACUUCUGCCGUAUCAGAGUGCCGUGCACUCUACGAGCAGAUAUGGAAUACGCCUUCACUGACUCUGGAAUUGGCACGGUCACCACUGAUGCAGCCUGCACCACUAUCGUUGACUCUCGAAGAGCGGACGCGACUCACAUACCAAAGGGCAAGGGCCUUAGCACGAGCUCACAAUUUGACAUUGAAAGAUGUGGUUGAGAUGACACCAGCCUUCUGGAAACUUCAUAUGGAUAUGCUCACCGCGAUGGACGGCGGCGCUAUCAACCUCGUCAGCGUCCAGUAUAACCUGUUUGUCGGCACAGUUGCUCCUUUUGCUGCCACGCAUCCGGAACUGCCGGCGAUCAUAGAGAAGGCGUUGAGGGUUGAUAUCUCAUCACAAUUCAUGCUUACUGAGCUCGGACAUGGCUUGGAUGCUCGCAAUCUUGAAACAACGGCCACACUUCUGCCCAAUGGCAGCUUUGAAUUACACACACCGUCUCCGAACGCUGCCAAGUGCAUGCCACCAAAUACUCCACGCAACGGCCUUCCGACCAUUGCAGUGGUGAUUGCCCGUCUCAUAGUCGAAGGAGAGGACCGCGGAGUCCGGCCGUUCGUUGUUCCUAUGUCCGAUGGUACUAAGAUGUGCACAGGAAUCACUUCAAAAGUCUUUCCACCCCGUCCUGGCGCGAAUCCAAUCGAUCAUGCCCUGACCUACUUCGACCACGUAAAGCUCCCGCCUUCUGCCCUACUCGGCAGCCUGGAAAAGCCACGCAAUGAGCGCGACAACUUUCUGUCUACCAUCCACCGCAUGGGCGCCGGAACUCUCUUUCUAGCCGGCGCGUGCAUCCCCCUUAUCAAGAUGGCCGUGUACAACGCCAGCAAAUUCAGUUUCCGGCGCCACAUCCUCGGAAACGACGGACAGCCGAUGCCCGUGAUCAACUUCCGCACGCAGCAUCUUCCCAUCUUGCACGCUAUUGCGCGCGCCCAUGUCCUGCAGGCAUUUUUGAUUUAUGCGGGCAGGGAAUAUUGCAUUCAGGCUGAUUCGCGCGUCCGCCAUAUCUUUGCCACGACGUUCAAAGCGGUUACGAUCCAUCACUUCAAAACCAGUCUGCAAUCUAUAAAUGAGGGCUGCGGCUGGCAGGGGUAUUAUGAUCGCAAUCAAAUCCUUGCGGCUAGUCUGGAAUUCAACGCAGUGGCUACCGCAGAAGGCGAUGUGCGCGUCUUAGCCAUCCGUCUGGCCAGCGAACUCCUCAUUGGUCGCUAUGAGGUUCCGCCGCCCAAGGACCCCCAUAGCGCCCUCGCGCGCCACGAAGCAGGCCUCUUCACCGAAGCACGCGGAUUAAUGAAACGCUUCGGCAACAAGCACCGCAGCGAAGCUUUCAACCGGACUAUUCUCCCUCUAUGUCUCCCGUUGGUUCUUGCCAUCGGUUACCGUAUGGCGAUCGAGGCCGCUGCAGACGUCGGUAUCGAGCCGAAGCUCUGCGCCCUUUACGAAGCUGGAGUCAUCAAGGAAGACGCUGGCUGGUUCGCGGAAAAGGGCGGAAUUAGCCGCGAAGUGCAGCGCGCGAUAGAGGCGCAGGCCGCCGAUGCUGUUCUACCGGAAUUGGAGCGACUUGUCGAGGAAACUGGAGUCCAGCCAUAUUGCACUGCGCCUAUGACCUCGCAGGCGUUGUGGGACGGGUAUGUUGAGGAAUUGGAGACAUUUUCGGGGAAUGCGGUGUGGAACUUCGAAGAGACGAAAGCACGGCUUUAAGAGUUGUUCAUGGUCUUUAUGAGCGCCUUUGUUAUCAUAGAUAAAAAUCGAGUUUUAAUGUUACUGAAUUCCGAGCAGGCA